CUUGUUCUGUUUUCUGUAGAAUAACGAUGGAGAAAGACACUGUGAACUUCUCACCAGGCGACAGUCCGUCUCAAGGAGACAGGCUUAGACAAGCACCUCAGCGGGGUUUCUACUUGGGUCCAGCCCCUCUUUAUAUUAAGCCCCCAAGAUUCUCUUUACCCAGUUACCCCACCAUCGAUCCCUACAGCGCUCUCACCACGCCGGCGUUCUUCCCCGUGCCCGGCCUCGGUUACGUUCCCAAAGAAGGAUUCCCAAAAAAGAAGAGGCUUCAUCUCAAAGCGGGCGCCCAGGGGGAAGAGUCGCCUGAUGGACAACAGGAGGAGGCAGAACAGAGCAGGAGCAAGAAGAAGCUGGACAUCUCUCAUGUCCCCUUCUCGCUUCCACCUCGCUCCAUUUCCUCCAUGCCCUCUCGACCAAUACCUGGGAUGAUUGAGCUGAAUAGGCUGCAGCUUCACAGCAGAUCAGCAGGUUUGAGUCUCCCUGUGCAGGUGAAGCAGGAGCCUCCCAGUCCAUCCUCUCUUUGGCCUUCCUCACCUCUCCAUCUCCUCCACCCGCCUUACUUCCCUCCUCUUUCUCACGGCCCUUUCCCGUACCCCUUCUUCAUGCCUGGGCCCGUCAUGCACAUCCCACCCGGUCCCUUCUACCCCAGAGAGGACCCCCGCUCCAGCAAGGCCCCACGUGACGAAGCUCCCCGCGGUGAGACCACCAACGCCGAGAAGGCGGGUCUCAACGUCCAUGUAGAUGACAGCUACUAUGUGGACGUCGGCGGCGACCAGAAGAGAUGGAAGUGCCGGAUGUGUGAGAAAUCCUACACGUCCAAGUACAACUUGGUCACGCACAUCUUGGGCCACAACGGGAUCAAGCCGCACGGCUGUCACCUCUGUGGGAAGCUGUUCAAGCAGCUCAGCCACCUGCACACACACCUCCUCACACACCAGGGCAUGAGGCCUCACAAGUGCCAGGUGUGCCACAAAGCUUUCACCCAGACGAGCCACCUGAAGAGACACAUGAUGCAGCACAGCGACGUGAAGCCAUACAGCUGCAGUGUGUGUGGCAGAGGCUUCGCUUAUCCCAGCGAGCUUCGCGCCCACGAGCUGAAGCACGAAAAAGGGCAGGAGAAUGUGUGUGUGGAGUGUGGUCUGGACUUCCCCACCCUGGCCCAGCUCAAGAGACACCUCACAGUUCAUCGAGGUCCCACCUUGUACAGGUGAGUACAAAAUCCUUCCAAAAGAUAUUUAUGAUGUUGC